GUGAUCAGCUCCUGCUCGCGUUCCAGCCGUGCGUUCCACUUUCACAACGCCGUUCCUUCACGAGGCCGGUCCCUUGUAGUCUCCCUUAGGACCACGAGUCUUUGCUUAGCAGCUUCCCAUGACUUGUAACGCCGCUACGUACCCUGAUCUCUUUCUCUUAAUUGUCCAAAGCCUGCAUCCCAAUCUGUCCCUCUAUAUCUCUUGGCACCCCAUAUACACAUGCACCUCCCCCCGAUGGACAUUCCAUAUAUGAUUUACGAGUACAUUCUGUGACCACUCUACAUACUAUCCGUCUGACCAUACACUCUACCACCCAUACAACACAACAACAUACUUUGUGAAAUAUAAAACCGCCCUCCAUGGCAUCAACCUUCCCACCGGGGCACGACCCUUUAAGCAACAACCAUCCCUCCAUCGCCAACAUGGCAUAUCCAAUGGUUCGACGAGCCUCACGCAGCUCUGGAAGCCAGUCCGGAUCACGGCCUACCCGCGUGGAAAAACCAAAGAGCACUCAUAACAGCCCACGCACCAUGGAAAGGCGGAAGACAACCACUGGCCCUGUCAAGCGUUAUGCCACACUAGACGACCACUACAACUUCAUGUUUGGCGGUUCUCGUGAAGAGGAGGAACAGGUGCAGACUCAAACUUCUCGGCCAAUGAGCUGGCACCCAUCGUCUUCCCAGUUCCAAGUUCCACCCCGUUCGUCAGGACCAAUGGAACACGCACAAGCACAAGACUUUGGCCCUCGCUAUAACCCAUCAUCACGGAACUCCGCCCAUGGUUCCGAUUUCUAUUCACUGUCUGCGCGGAAUUCCAUGUUCCAAGACCAGAUGCAGACCUCCCAGGCAGCAACCUACCCUCACAAUCACCACCGUGGCUCGCAUGAUUCGGAUUCUAGCUGGCAAGCAUCGUCUACGUCUACCCCGGCUACUGAACCAAUGCCAUGGUAUUUGCAGGAGUGGGCAAGGAAGAACGAGGAACACGCGGCAAUUUCACGCAACGGGUCUUCGGAUUUCCUGCCCAUCCAACAUCCAUCUGAAGAGGAGGAGGCUAUGGACGAAGACAUGGAGGACUCAGGAAAAGAAUUGAUUGGCAUGGGCUUGUACGACCUCCCCGACCCUGCCCUGUCCUGGUCCUCGGGUCUUGUUGAGUCCACCGGUAAAGGUCUCAAGCUUGAGGAGACAUGGCAACCACCAGAGGAGGAUGUUGAGGACGAGGACGCAGAUGCGGAAGGCGACGCAGAUGACGCCAGCUCAGAUGAUGCCAGUGUAGAAGACCUACCUGCACCUCCUCCAGCAGCACCGCAGCCUGCACAAACCAUUGAUACCCUUGGAAAACCUCAAGUAUCGAGCAACAUGGACGGCCAAAGUUUCUUUUUCGAUGAUGACGAAAAUUACACUAAGGAAUGGUACUUUCAACAAUUGAAGCAAUCCACAAUGCCAGUGCGGGACGCUGGUUUGGGAUACGGGUGGUUGUGAAUGUUUGAAUGACUUUCAAUCGUUCCUGCCCGGCUUCCUCGACAUUUUUAUCACGAACAACUUUCAGCAUAGCAUGGUGUUUUUUUGGAUGAACAUAUUAUGAUGUUCACAUUUAGAUUUAUGAAUCAGGAUACCCCUCUAGCCUUCAAUGGCAUCAUUUAACGGCAGCGAGCGACUGUUCGUUCCGGAAGUCUAAGACUUGAUGGCAAGUCUUCGAUUAGUAUACACACCAGCAAAAGCUUGGUGCAUGUAUGAUCAUGUCAAUCAUAGCAGAAUAGCAUAGUAGUAGCAGUAACAUUGCAGCCGAU